CCUUCUUUCCGUGUUGACAUGUAUUCCAUUAACGUAAGAGCGAUUUAAUAAACACUUUACAGUGACUAUGGGUUGACAGAUUUGCCCAAAUCACUCAGUAACAAAACGUUAAUUUCACGACUGUGUUUGCGUGGACGCUAACGUCAAUAUAGAUUAACUAAACUAACUGCGUGUCGGAAUUGUGGAUUUUACCUGUAGUUAUAAUCUAACUAAGCGCCAACGUCGUCUGAGCGAGCACAGGAGCGGCCACAAUGAGGAUUUUAAGGUUUCUGAGGAGCAGUGUGUCCAUAGGAAAGGACAUUGAUUAUUACUCCAAGUUUUCACCCUCUCCUCUGUCAAUGAAGCAGUUUCUGGAUUUUGGCUCAGAAAAUGCGUGUGAAAAAACAUCAUUCACCUUCCUGAGACACGAGUUACCUGUGAGGUUGGCAAACAUCAUGAAAGAGAUCAACUUGUUGCCAGACAACUUACUGAUGACUCCAUCGGUGCGGUUGGUCCAAGGCUGGUACAUGCAAAGUCUUCAAGAGAUUCUUGAGUUCAAAGACAAAAAUGCAGAUGAUGAGAAAGUCACAUAUGAUUUCACAGACGCGGUAAUACAGGUCAGAAAUCGGCACAAUGAUGUCAUUCCCACCAUGGCUCAGGGAGUGGUGGAGUACAAGGAGACCUACGGCACAGACCCCGUCGUCAGCCAGAAUGUUCAGUAUUUUCUGGAUCGUUUCUACAUGAGCAGGAUCUCCAUCAGGAUGUUGCUCAACCAGCACACUCUCCUCUUUGGUGGGAAGGUGAAGGUGAACCCAGCUCACCCCAAACAGAUCGGCAGUAUUGAUCCAAACUGUCGUGUCAGCGACAUUAUCAGAGACGCCUAUGCAAAUGCUCGAAACCUCUGUGACCGGUACUACAUGAACUCUCCUGAGCUCAUUCUGGAGGAAUUCAAAGUCAACCCCAUCACUGUGGUCUAUGUUCCCUCUCAUUUAUAUCAUAUGGUCUUUGAACUUUUUAAGAACGCCAUGCGGGCCACCAUGGAGCUGUACGGCGACGCCAUGGAGUAUCCUCCCAUCCACGCGCAGGUCGCUCUGGGAACUGAAGAUCUGACGGUCAAGGUGAGCGAUCUCGGAGGAGGCGUGCCGCUGCGCAAGAUUGACAGGUUGUUUACCUACACGUACUCCACGGCGCCUCGACCCAGCAGCGACAGGGCCCGCGCUGCCCCUCUGGCUGGUUACGGGCAUGGCCUGCCCAUCUCUCGCCUGUACGCCCGCUACUUUCAAGGGGACCUGAAGCUGUUCUCUCUCGAGGGCUACGGAACUGAUGCUGUGAUCUACAUCCGGGCGCUCUCCACAGAGUCCAUUGAGAGGCUCCCCGUGUACAACAAGUCGGCCUGGAAACACUACAAGACGAUCCACGAGGCCGACGACUGGUGCGUCCCCAGCAGAGAGCCGAAGGACAUGACGACGUUUCGCAGUUUCUAGAUCCAGCAGGCCGCGGUUCCGCGGCCGGCUGGUGUUGCGCCAUAUUUUUCAAAGAGGUCAAUAGUUUUGUUAUUAUGAAGAAAGCUGUGUUUCCUUCUCACUCCUACUGGUAACAUUAAAAGGUAACGACUCGGACGAACCAGGACCAGGUCUCUGGAAACCACGUUGAUGUUGAAAGUAAAGCUGAAGUAGCACAGGGGUUUCAGUUGGACACUGUUGCUGAUAUUUGGGUUUUUAAAAGCACUAAUAACGAAACCUUAACAUCAUUAAGGAUGGUUCAUAAAGAACCCGAGCUGACGUAGGCUGCACGGACAAGCAACACCGUAAACAACGUUUCUAAAUUACAACAAAAAUUGUAAUUUCUGAGCUGCAAUUUGUUAUUUUUCGACCAAUAUAAUAACAAAAACAUGUUACAAUUACAAACUAAAGUCAGCUGAUGAGAUCAGUCGAAAUGUAAUUUCUAGAUGCUUUGUAAACAAACUAAAUUCUAUUUAACGCCGUGUCAUCACGGUUUGACUUUGUAUAGUUUGCUCUCCUGGUUUACAGCUUUUAUUGAGCAGAACGUUGAUCUCUAACAGUUACAGUCCGUCUGUUGCAGAGCUCGUUCAGCUCUUGGACACUUGUUUCACGAGUCGCUGCUUGUUUUUAAAUUUGUUGGAAGGUUCUGUCGAUGAGUGAUCGGUUGAAAUGUUAAAAUGUUGGUACAAUUUAUCAGUUGGAUAAUGUAUACAAGCGACAUGUGAUAAAAAUAAAAAAAAUUCUUUACUGACAUUUUGCACCUGCUUUUAUUUGAUGUAUUUCAGGGAAGUGGAUUAUUAUAAUUGAUGCACAAAUUUGAAGGCCGAUUUUAUUGGGUUUGCAACAUAUUAAGUUUUUCUUCCUUGCAAGUUGUAUCAAAUGCAGUACAAGAUAAACAUAUUUGGAUUACUGUGGCUGCAUUAUUCAUUAUUAAGACUUAUCCUGUCAAAUAAGCCCAAUAUGUUCCAUGUGACAAUGAAAGUUAUUCUGUCAGGAUGUUCAGUGACAAAUAAAUAUUUAAAAACAGA